AUGACAAUUAAUCCCAAGCCAAAUUUUUCUUUUUUUCUCUAUUUUUUCUGUACUAUUUUUACUUUAGAAAAUUUUCCAAAAAAGUUUUUCAACAAAUUAUUUUCAAUUUCUCUCCAUUUUUCUGAAAUUUUGUUUGAAACAAUGACUGACGUACCAGAAAAUGCUCCAGAAAGCUGUCCCGGCACUCAAAGUGAAAAAGCAGGCAAAACAUCAGCAUGUGCAGGAUGUCCAAAUCAAAAGGCUUGUUCAACUGGUGUUCCACAAAUUGAUCCAGACAUUGAUUUAAUUAAAGAAAGGAUGGCUUUUGUUAGACACAAAGUAAGAGAACAGGGAUAUUAUGGCUUUAAUAGGUGUUUUUUGUUUACAAAUGGAGAGGGUCGAGUAAUGGGUAAAUUGAAGAAGCUCGGACAUUUUUGGACUGGUAAACAAUAG